CCAGUCUGUCGGCAGUCGGUGUCCGGAGCAGCGCCCUCGGGGGGGAAAACCGAAACGAACGCGACGUGCGAAAACAAGCAGCCGUUUUUUUUUCUUUCAACAGCGCGCGAAAAAACACCGGCCUUCGUCGCCAUCUUACCCACCGCACGCAACGCCUCGCAAAACCCCGCUCAUGAUUGGUUCAUUCUGGAACUUGUGUAGAGCGUGUCCAUCCAUGCCUGUAGAUAAGCUUCACUCGGAAUAUCGAAGCACGUACAGGUGGCACGAGUACACUGGUCCCAGGCAUGAAGUGGUUCGGAGACCGCCUCAAGGCACUCAGGCGGGUGAAGCUGCCACUGCUGCCACGGUUCCUGUUACAAGCAAUGCAGGAAACGUAGAAGAGACUGUAGAUGCUACAGCAGUGCAUUCCAAAUGCGAACCCGCCAUCUCCCGCAAAAAGAAGCACCCACAGCUGGCGUACCGCACGCACGAGUUCCUACCCAUGACAGACUCCGGUGCGUCCGAAGAGCCUACCGACUCAGCUGUGAAGGCAGAUCGCGCUAGGUCGGAGGAACGUGCCGCGGCCAGAAAUCAGCCCUCCAGACGAAGCAAAUCCGAAGGUCCCCCCGAGGCAAGUGCAGCCACCGUCCAAUCCGGUAACCCGUUACAAAUCGUGAAGGCGAUGAGUCCGCCAGCGCGCAGUGAAUCGGAGCCCUCUGAGGAGGACAUGAUAAACCCCAUUGCUAGUGUAAUAUCUCGCAUAAGUACGGAGUACCAACUCCAGUUCGCCUGGCCUCGAGGUGACCAGGGAAAAACCAAGACUGAUAACUAUCAAGACAGCACGCCGCCUCGCAAGUCUGUGUCCAUGGGUGCGAUCCGACCGACUGGUAAUCCUAACCUAGUGCCUGUUCAUAAGAAACGAGUUGCUGAUGCUGAUCAAGGGGAAGACGGUGUGUCAGAGUUGGAACCUCUAGUAGCACAGCAUGCUGAAGAUGGCCAUGCUUCCUUUGAAUUUGAUGAUUCUCAAGGGGAAGAAAAGAUUCAGGAGGAAAUGUCAAGUAAGGAAGAGAAACCCCGGCGAAGGAAGGAGUUUAAAACUGAAUACAAGAAAAGAUACCGCCCAUUCUCUCACUAUGAAUAUGUGGAAGGAAAGUUUCAGAAGAAGAAAGGCACGACAGAAUCAUGUUCGCUGCCUUUGGCUCUGCCAGAAAUGUCCAGAUGUAACUCGUGGUUCAGAGAAGUAAUUGAGUUGCGCAAGAAAGCUGGAGAGUACAAAAUCGGGAUGGAAGAAGCAUGCAUGAACCACUUGGAACUUCUACUGAAGUAUGACAGUAAAGCGGCAGGCCUAAGAAUGGCCCCAAAUUUAACAUACAAACAUGUGCAGCCAAAUAAUUUCCAGAAAAUGAGUGCUACUCUCAUGAAGCAGCAACGUGGCUGGGGUAACGAGCUGGUACCGCAGCACAUAGCCGAGCUCUACAAUAAGCAGAUUGCUCUGUGGGAGCAGGUGUCCAGGCGGUCGUCUCUCUCGGCCCUGUCGCUAGCGACCACGGCGCCUAGGUCAAUAUCAAAAGAAGAGAAGGAUAAAGAGAACAGCAAGAAGACAUCCCCGACCACUCCAGCUUCUACAUGCCAGUCGACUGCUCGACACCCUGCUGUCGUGAACAUGACGCACGAUGUUGACAAGAAAGUGGCUCAUGUUCCUGUGCCAGUUGGCUUGCCUAUGGACAAAAGCGAGGAUAUGAAAUCUGAUGUUUUCCGCUCAAGGAAAGAUUUUCUCAUUCGACAUCAUCUCCAACGUACUACAGGUGCAGAAGAUGGUGCUCUACUGACAUCUCCAACGCGGGAAAAACUAGAACCCGUGAUGCCUCGCCCAAAGGAAGAUGAAGCUACUCGAAGUCCCAAGAGAGCCAGUCCCAAGAGUAGUCCAAGUUCCAAGAAUCGUUCACCAAAGAGGCAGUCGCGGCUUUCUUCGUCCGCUUCAUCUGCUGCAACCCAACACCCGAGCAUGGCUCAGCAGAAUGGUGGUGUACAUGUUGAGCGUCGCCCAAGACCCACUGUUUGGUCGAGUAGCGGGAACCCAGGUGUUUCCCGGGUUCGCCAGCCGACCCAUUCGAUCACGACGACACCCUUCCUAGCAACCAACGCUCCUCCAUGCCCGAAGAGUAGCUCAGAUCAUGCACCCCUAUCCCAACACUCCUACACCAAACCCAUCAGUUCACGGGUCAAACUGGCGAAUGGAGUGCGCGAGGACCUCACCAAAUUGAGCAGUCGGAACAAACAAGAUGCUACUGAAGACAGCGUAGAGACAGACUUGCAGGAAUCGGUGACCAAGCGGGACGAGGAAAGAGAGGAGCCACUGGUGGUGAAGUCACCAGCAGAGCCCACGCGAGUAAAGUCUCCAGAGCAAAUCAUCAUGAGAUCUCCUGAACCCGUCAACUGGACUGUGCCUCUGGACACUGGCAAAACAUUCACUGUUACUCAAAACAUACAUGAUGCCAUGCCAUAUUCGAAGUACAGAGGAGAAAUGAUAACACGGCCCCACAGCGAGGUCAAGGCUUGGACACCCCCGGCUUCCCGACCACCAGCUGCACAGUCCGCGCCCCCAGAACUAUCGCGACAGCAGCAUCACGAGCUCCAUGGCAACACUGAGUCAGGAGCCAGUUCACCGACUGAUGCUACAGAUAUUGGUUUCCAAUCUCAUAGUCAUGGUGAUCGUAUAAGGCCUGAAGGAAGCUCUAUCCCAUUUACAGGAAGUCAAGAAGAUGAUCCAACUCACGAAGAACAAGUUUCAAAAGAGCCCAUAAUUGCUGAAUGCGAAAGCUUCGUGGAAGGAACAACCUUACGAUGCCUUGAUGCACCCGACAAUCCGUCGUUGCUUUAUGAAGUGGAUAAAUUAUUGCCUAAAUGUUCAGAGAGCGCAGGUCCUGGCAGUCAGGCUUUGUACCAUGUGCUAGAGGCUCCCUCACAACCUGAUCCAGUCUGUUCUGAAACAGCCUUGUCCCGAACCAUGCCUAUUGUCUCCCCUUCGACCAGCCGCUCAUUGGCGUCCGAUGUGCUGGAAAAAGCUCGCAACCGAUUCGACAAGUUCUGGGGCAAAGGAAAGGACUCGGGAGAUAAACAGGGAAAAGUUUAAUAGUAUUAGCAUGACAGUGUGAUAUUAACUGGGACUGUUAGAUUUCCCUCCAUGUGCGAAGAGAAGUUGCCUUUUCUGCCAGCAUUUGGUAUUUAUGCGUUGUAGCUGAAAAUAUUUUAGGUGCUGCAUUUAAUGCAAAUGUUAUAUAAUUUAUAUUUGAAAAUUUAUAUUUUAAGGAACUACUUCAUGGGUUCAUUAGCAUGGUUAUAUUUGGAAAAUACUGAUUAUAUUUAAAGCCAAAAUACAUAAACAAUUUCAAUUAUAUUAAAUAAUUUGUUUAAACAUAUCGAAAUUUGGUUAAAUACAUACACAAUAGUUUCAUCUACAUUUUUUUUUAUUAUUAAGAUAACAUUUUUGAAUUUUAAAUAUUUGUGUUCAUUUGGUAAAAAGGAAUAUUUUACAAUCACAACUUGCUUCCAACACACAUGCAGUGCUGCAUCUUGUUUCAUUACAAUUUAAUGGGAUUAAUUACAAUUGUAUACUUUAUUUAUGCAAACUCUUUGGGAACGGUUUUAGUAUUCACGUACCUAAUGCUGUUAUAAUCUGUUCCUUUCAAAUUUCCAUUCCUAGUUCCUCAUUAAAUGUAUAGUUUUAAUUGUGAGUCAAUGUAUUCUAAAUACUAUGUAUUCGACUGUAAACUGUAAACAUUUAUGUUCUUUCACAGUUCUGAAAGUGUUAAAUUAUUUUAAUGCUAGCACUUAAAAUCUGGAAAUAUUCAUCGAUACAACAACGUAUGAGUGUGAAAUAUUAAGUAAAUGAUUACCUACGUAACUUAGCCUUCCAAAUAAAAGUUUUUAAAUUUACAUUAAAAACACAUUAAAAGUUAUUAGUUGAUAGUCAAAGGCAGAAGCACUGAUUUAUUCGACCAUAUACGUCCGUCAUUUGUCUGCCUAUAAAAAAUUUUUUCCAUUAUAUAAUUUGUUUUUGUAGUUAUUUGUGUAACUUCUUGCUUGAUAGUGCAACAUUUUAGUAAAAACCUACCUGUGAAUAAAUCAUACAAAUUUAAUAUAGAAUGUAAAUAAAUUGAAAGCUAAAAACAUUUGUAAUAUCAUUGUGUAGUCUCCCUCAUGCUUUUUAUUUUAUAAUGUAGCUUUAUCUAAGCCAAUUGUGCUUAAAAGGAAACAUUUGUGGUCAAAAAUUGUGAUGCAAAUUAAAUUCCAUCUCAUAAAUUCCAUUAUUGUCUUCGCCUUGCCUUGCUCUGAACCUACAGUGUUAAAUUUACUAUAAAAUUUAACCUUAAAGUGUUAUAUAAUGAAUAGAUGAAUGUAUACUCAAUUAUUUUCUGUUAUUUUAAAAAAAUGAACUCUGUAUUAUAUUUAAAUUUAUGUAUCCCACAUUUAUGUCAAGUAAUAAAUUAAAGUUUGUGUCAUGUAAAAGCUUGAUUUGUGCACCAUUGCAUUCACUCUUAUGGCUGCAAUAUACUAAUAUUUUGGGAUGUCAUUUAUGCCAUUGUUAGAGUAAAAAAAUGAAUUAAUA